AUGGCCUCAAACACCCGCUACUACCGCGUCAAAGGCAUUCCUACCUCAUGGCCCAAAAGCACGCUCCUCAACGCCCUCAAAGCCGCCUCCGCAGUUUUCGCCACCCUCCCGGAAACCGGUCUCUCACUCUAUCCCGCGCCGUACGGAGGGGGAGGGUCACAGAACGCACUCCUCCAAUACAACGGCGACCUCUCAGUUAUUGACCAAACAGGCGUCUACCGCGUCAACGGAAAUGGCUACGCCCUGGAGGUCGAUAACCAUUUUCAGGGCCUGACACAGCUGAACGCAGCUGGGGACAAUGCGGCAUAUGACAUCAUUGCAAUCACAGGCAUAGACGGACAUGCGUAUAACAGCUGGGUGGGACCAACUACGGGGAAGAUGUGGCUGCGGGACUUUAUCCCGCUUAGGCGCCAGCUUGCGAAUUCGCGGGUGAUGACAUAUGGGUAUGAUAUGCGCCUUGUGAGCGGGAAGAGCUGGGUCGACUAUAGGAACGAAUUCCUGCAAGAGUUAGUGAGAGCGAGAACAGGGCCGAGGGCUCAAACUCGCCCUAUUAUCUUUAUCGGGCAUAACAUUGGCGGGAUCAUGGUCGUGCAGGCACUCCUCGAAUGCCUCGCCAACAGAGAAUAUAGCCAGGUCUUAUCCUCUGUUAAGAGAAUCGUUUUUCUAGGCACACCCCACCAGGGGAUGCAAACUGAAGCCUUGUUAGCAGCGACCCAAAAGUCUACUCUAACAGCAGCGCAAAAGGCGAGCCGCACAGCAAUGCUACAGCAGCUGGCAAUAGGGUCACCAUUCCUUCAGAAGAUGUCAGCAGACGUCACGAAUACUCUGAAGUCGAUAGCAGUGGGAAUCGUAUAUGAGACGCGGGGUGUGCUCAAAAAUGGGUGGGAGGUGUACAUGGUUGAUCGGUCCUCGGCCAUGGUACAUAAUCAGGGCCGGAUCGUGGGGUUUGUGGCGAAGAACAAUGAGAACCUGAUAAGAUUUGAACAUGGUGCGGAUCCGGAUGUUCAUAGUAUUAUGGACUUUGCGACUCCGGAGGUUGUUAGUAUUAUGGACUUUAUGGAAGGUAGGCCAGAAGGAUUGGAAGAGAAGAAGUGA